AUGGUAAGAGACGCAGCGGAGAGACAGCAAAGCCAAAGACCAACAAGUGGGAGAGUAGGACCUCCAGAAACAAGAAAGACUGACCCACUUGGAGUUUUUGAGGCACAACGAUUUGAAGGUCCGGUAGAAAAGAUUAAUUUGGUGGCAAACAGAAACAAAUCUCAACUGGCUGCUGUCCUUCUCUCUCUCACUCCAAAGAAAAAAAAAACAGAAACUCCCAGCUAUCUCUUUCUCUCUCUUCAGAAGGCACAAAAACUCUUUAAGUCUCUGUCGUUGUAUCUCUCUCCAGAUGGGAUUGGAGCCUCAAACUCCCAAGAGAAGGGUAUUACGUUGACGGUGGAUUCGAUUGGAGGCAGAGCAUGUUUUCUCUGGAAGCAUGAAGCCCCUCAUAAAUUUAUGACAAAGACUUAUCCUGCACCUUUUAAAAGGUACAAGGUUUAUGUCCUCGUUUAUCCAAGUUUGGAUGCGAAGGAAAAGGCAGCUGAUCAGGAUAACAACUUUGCAGAUAAAUACACCUUUCGUACUUUCUCCCAUUACGAUGCCCUAAACAACUGGGAAAAUGGGAAAGUACCAUCUAAAGAGAAGAUUGUGGUGCCUAAAGUUUUGCAAUCGAAUAUCGGUGCUACAAGGCAUUUAAGAGGCUACGUCAAGGUCUCUAAUUGGUUGAGUCGGCUUGGACUUAUCGUCGAUGGGCAGCUUUGGCUGUCACCAAGUGUUCAAUGCCCAAAGUAG